UUUAAUAAUUAGCUCCCCGAUCAACUUACAAAUUAUGGCACGGCUGAACAAACACGUGCGACUUGAAUCGUGACGUCACUUCCGUGCCCUCUUUUCCACCAACAUGGCUGAUACCGCGCAGACAGAGAGGGCUUAUCAGAAGCAACCGACCGUUUUCUUGAACAAGAAACGAGUCCUGACAAGUUCAAAAAAGAAGCUUCGUCAUGUUCGUAGCAUCGGCCUUGGAUUUAAAACACCACGAGAGGCUUUUGAAGGCAACUACAUUGACAAGAAAUGCCCAUUCACCGGCAAUGUUCUCAUCCGUGGUCGUAUUUUAACGGCGGUUGUCACUAAACUGAAGAUGCAGCGUACAUGCGUCGUCCGACGUGACUACCUUCAUUAUGUUCGAAAAUAUAACAGAUUCGAGAAACGUCAUCAGAACAUGUCGGUGCAUAUAUCGCCUUGCUUCAGGGAUGUCCAACCAGGAGAUAUCGCCACCAUUGGUGAAUGUCGACCCAUCAGCAAAACUGUUCGUUUCAACGUUGUGAAGAUUAACAAAGCAAAGGGGGCGAGUAAAAAGCAAUUCUCAAAGUUUUGAACUGAUGUUCGGUUGCUAAUAAACCACUCCAAAUAACA